UUUUUAUUUACAAUGAUGAACGGAAUUUGUCGGCUCGUUUUGUUUUUAAUUAACUAAAAUGUUUAUUUAGGACCAUUCAAAAUAAUGAUAUGUGUUCCGCUUAGAUACCUUAAUGUGUUCAACAAGAAAGUUCCCGGAUAAUAAAUAGAAAAUCGAAAUUAUAGAAAAACAAGCUCCCGUUACUUCGUUACGGUAUUCCACGUCAGAGAAACUUUGUUAAGUUUCUAAAAUGCGGCGAGCAAAAGGAUAUCAGGACUUAGAUGAUAGUGCGGUGGUGCCUCGGGCUCCCGCACCACCUAUGCCACCUCCUCAGGAAAUAGAAAUGGCAUCAGUGUCUGUUGUCCCUGACGAUACAUUCACCGUGACACAAGCAGUGAACGCCCUGGGUUUUGGUUGGUUUCAAGUGAAGUUGUCUCUAUGCACGGGUUUAUGCUGGAUGGCAGAUUCCAUGGAAAUGACAAUAUUAAGCAUAUUAUCUCCAGCUCUGCAUUGUGAAUGGAAUAUUAGCAAGUAUCAACAAGCUUUAACAACAACAGUAGUCUUCAUGGGAAUGAUGUUAAGUUCAACAUUUUGGGGCAACAUCAGUGACCGCUAUGGAAGAAAGACUGCUCUCAGCAUGUGUGGAGUUUUGCUGUUUUACUAUGGUUUAUUGAGUGCUAUUGCACCAAAUUUUCUAUGGCUGUUGUUUCUAAGAGGACUAGUUGGAUUUGCAAUUGGCUGUGUACCACAAUCAGUCACUCUCUAUGCAGAAUUUUUACCAACUAAACAAAGAGCAAAAUGUGUGGUACUGUUGGAUUGUUUUUGGGCCCUCGGAGCUUGCUUGGAGGUGGCCCUGGCUCUGGUGGUGAUGCCCACUCUAGGAGUUCAUUGGCUGCUUGCCCUGUCUACCAUUCCGCUGCUGAUAUUUGCUCUCAUAUGCCCUUGGCUGCCUGAAUCUGCGAGAUUCCACGUGGCGAGUGGACAACCUGACAAGGCGUUAGAAACGUUAGAACAGAUAGCCCAAGACAACGGUCGUCCAAUGCUGCUGGGUCGCCUGGUGUGCGACGACUCCGUGGGCAUCGGGCAGCGCGGCCGCCUCAAGCACCUCCUCAUACCGCAUCUGCGGAACACCAGCUUGUUGCUGUGGUUUAUUUGGAUGUCGUGUGCGUUUUGCUACUAUGGACUGGUGCUAAUGACUACGGAACUCUUCGAGACUGACGCAGAUGCCUCAGACGAAACUUGUGCUGCCAACUGUCGCCCACUGCAGACCACAGACUAUAUGGACCUGUUAUGGACCACGCUUGCUGAGUUCCCUGGUAUUUUUGCUACGAUCUUCAUAAUCGAAAAGUUUGGACGGAAGAAGACAAUGGCAGCACAGUUCGUGAUAUUCGCCAUGUGUGUUUGUGUGCUGAUCUACAAUGGAAAUCGUACAUUCCUGACUUGCGUUCUGUUCGUCGCGCGAGGCAUCAUCGCCGGUUUAUUCCAAGCGGCUUACGUCUACACCCCUGAGGUCUACCCCACCGCGCUGCGUUCUACGGCGGUGGGAGCCUGCAGCGGGGUGGCGCGUCUCGGCGCCAUGAUAACGCCUUACGUGGCACAGGUGUUGCUCAAGAACUCCAUAGUCAUAGCGACCGGUGUAUACUCGUUGGCAGCCAUACUGGCCGCUAUAGCCUGCCUUGCGCUGCCCAUCGAGACUAAAGGCCGGGAGAUGCGGGACUCGGUAACAGCGACCGGAUAGUGACGUCACACGAAUGUUCUAUGCUUGAAUCUCAUUUAUCGUCUUUAUUUAUUGGAAUCGCUGCUGAAUGUAGGUUUUUAUAUUGACGUCUUUAAGACUGAUGUGAAUCAUAAGAGCGUCAAGCAACAGUGAAGUAAAGGGACGCAUGUACGAUGGUACGUUAACCUGCAAUAUAUUUAUAAAACUAUUAUUAUUAUCGACGCGGCGCGUAGACAUGGAUACUUACCAUGUCCGAAAAAUAAGCUUAGGCAGACGGACCAAUUUAUAGUAUCUGAAAUAAAAUCGUUUAUAGCUACGCUUUUAAGAUUUCGCUUCCUAGUAAGCACGCUUGAAAAUUCGGUGACAUGACCCGAGCACGCAUGACUAAAGGUUCGGCCUAACCAAUGCGUUCAGCCUACGUGCACGAUGGCGAUCAGUCGUGUAGGAAUUUGUAGCGAUUAGUUCACAUCGACGCGUCCUGCCAUUGGUCGCGGCGAUCUAGGCGCAGUGAUCACCAUCGCUGACGCGAACUGCACGCGUUGAUUUGGCCGAAGCUUUACGAUUUUCAUAUAGUAUACGCUAUAUUAUUCGGGUGUCUACGCGCGGUCUCAAACAAACGUCACGCGCUACAUUGAAACGCACGCACGUCAAACAACAAAACUGUAGCUGAUCAAACUAACUCAGUAUUAAUGUAAUCUCACUGCUUUUUAAUAAAGACUGCAUUUUACGCAUUUAUAGCAUCGUAUAAUAAUGUGUAAGUAGGAUUUAAGUUAUUUUAUAAAUAAGCAACUACCUACUUAAUAAUGACGUAUAAAUUAAGUAUACAAGAUGAGUUUUUGGGUAGGUAAGUGUGGGAAAAUUCUGAGCAAUUUAAUUAGAAAUACCUAAAUUAUCUUUAUGUUCUUUAGUACAUUAAUUUUAUACAGGCUGUAAGGAAUGGAUUUGAAUAAACCUGCUUGGGAAUAAGUAAUAGGAAUGUAAAAAGG